UCAUGUGGUGAGGAAGCGUGUGUUAGUGGUGGAGUUGAGCACGUGGACAUCUUCCCGUCAGUCCAAACAUUCGCAGCGCGUGCCAUGGCUGAGAAACUAGAUCUUAUUUCCAAGUGCAUUAGAACUUUUCCUGAUUUCCCUACGAAGGGGAUUGCGUUCAAGGAUAUUUUUCCAGUCUUGAAGGAUCCGAAGGCGCUGGCUGCUGUGACCGAUCUCUUUGAGGAGCACGUGAGGCGCGCGUACCCUCAGGUGGAUCUUAUAGUCGGACUCGACGCUCGUGGGUUUCUGUUUGGGCCGCUUUUGGCUCAGAGAUUAGGUGUAGGAUUUGCUCCAAUCAGAAAAAAAGGGAAGCUCCCUGGCCCAACGUUAUCAGUAGCUUAUAGUCUUGAGUAUGCGAAGGCCGAUGCGGAGAUGCAGGAAGACGCUGUUUCUGCAGGACAGAAGGUCCUGAUCAUUGAUGAUUUACUGGCUACUGGAGGAACCCUGUAUGCGGCGUGUGAGCUGAUCAAACAGCAGAAGGCAGAGGUGCUGGGCUGCUUGGUGGUGGUUGAACUGAAGUAUCUAAAUGGAUCUGAAAAGCUGCAGUCAACCCCUGUGUUCUCUCUAAUACAGUACUGACAGUCUUGUCAAUGCUUGUCUGAAAUGAUGGUUUAUGGUUCAGGAAAAUUAAGAAAUUCUGGUUUGUUUUAUAGUAACACUUGACCCUUUGAGAUUUUGAUGGUCUUAAUCCAAUCAAGUAACCAGAAACUGAAGAGACAGACUGCACCUGAAAUGGCAUUCAGCAUAGGUGAAAUCAAUAACUUCACAAAAAGCAUGUCCUAUAUUGUAUGUAAUUGUCAUAAUCAUGUGACAAUCAGUAGUGCUGCUUAAUUUUUUUAAUACUUGGCUUCUUGGGAUAGUAAAACAUUCAUUGAACAAUUUCAAAAGUUGCCAGAAGUACACACUCUCAGGGACCGUUUUAUGAAUACACAGAAUUCAGUAUUACCUUGUCACGUAGCUUUUCCACUUACUGUACAGUAGGAAAAGUAGCUUACAGUUUCUUUGAAUAUGAAACAUAUUGCUUGCAUGAACUUGUUUAUUGUAAAUUAAAUACAGUGCACAUUGGUUAACUAGAUGAACGUGAAGUGCAAGUUAACAAAACUUAGGUUUCUGGGAGCCAUACAUUGUACUGCAUUAUACCAAUAACCUUUUUACACGUCUACAUUUAUGAAGAAUAAUUGUGUUAAGAUGCAACAGAAAGUUGCAACACCAUACACCGGAAACACAGCAAUUAAAAAGUGACUACCCUG